AUGGGGAAGGAUGGCCCAAAGCAGAGGGAUUACGUUGUGGCUGUGAUAGAUGCAGUCAAGUGCCCUAUUAACAUAACAUUGUUCCUAAUAUGCAUUUUACUCGUUUAUUUAAGUCUGAGGCCACUGCUAAGAAAAAAGAAAUCUCAGAAAUGUGAAGUCCCGAAAAUGGGGAAACGUGAUUUCACAUUAGAAGAACUUCAGAGCUUCGAUGGCAGUGGCGAACAUAAGAGAAUAUUAAUCGCAGUUAAUGGUAAGGUAUUCGAUGUCACGAAUAAGGGACAGGGAUUUUAUGGCAAGGGCGCACCGUAUGCUGCUUUUGCCGGUAGAGAUGCAUCAAGAGCACUUGCGUGCUUCAACCUUGUAACAAAAGAUGACUAUGACGAUCUUUCUGAUCUUACUGCUGAUCAAAUGCAAACCCUGAGGGAAUGGGAACUGCAGUUUUCCGAGCGUUAUGAUCAUGUUGGGCGACUUUUGAAGCCAGGAGAGCCUCAUCGAGUUUAUGAAGUCAAUGAUGGAGAAGAUGAUGUUGGAACCAACCAUGUUCAAAGUGCACUUAAGAAAAAAGUAACUUGAAAGUGUCUACUUCUGUUCUAAGUAUCUUAUGUAUCUAAACUUAGAAUAUGAUUUUCUUAUCUGGACUGAUCAUCCAUGAUGCCUACAUUACAACUCUCAGUUAUUAUUUUUGACUUGGUUUUCGAUCCGUGCAAUAAUAAAACCGUUAAAUGAAACACUCGUUCACACAAAUAUGUGCAUCAUGGAGUGAAUCUCUUAAAAUUCAAACAUAAAUCUACAUUUCCGG